CGUGACAGUCGGGAGCGGCGAUUGAGUGCAGCAGCGCAUUCAGGAGAGAAAUUGAAACAGAAGUAUCGAUCCCAUUAAACUGGUAUUGAUCAAUAUCAGUACCAACAUUAUCAUCGGUAUUGUCGAUCCUUGGAUACUUGCACCACUACUGCACUUCAGUCACAUAGUUUGCGAUUUCUGUCAUCGCUGUUACUAACUCUUCAUCUGCAGGAACCUUUCCUGCUGGUAUCAUACAUGCAAGUGCUACCUUUAUCCCUGCAUGAGCUUUAAAUGAAAAGCCGAACACUGAUUUCAAACUUCUGGAAAGAACUGGACCAUAAAAUAUGGACGGAUUGACAAACAGUCUGGAUGACAGGUCACGAGGCUGCGGCCCAGAGCUUCCUGACAAGCUCUCCCUGAUGGAGGCCCGUCUGCGGGCACAGGAGGAUGAGGUCACGCUGCUGAAGUCAUCUCUGGCAGACGCUCUGCGCCGACUGCGCAUCCACGAGCAGCAGACUCACCUGCUCUGGCAAGAGCUCAGUGCAGUUAACCCAGCUGCUGCUGAGGCCCUGGGCCAGUUCUGCCACGGCAGUGUCCUCUCCAGCUACAGCAUAGCUCCCAGACAGAGACGUCAAAGUCAGGAGUUUCUCGGAACGUUCAGUGCUCCUGAGGGUGACAUGGAUGGCUCUGGAGCCACCGUCUGCCCUCGGGACUCACGGCAGAGGCCUGCUGCUGCAGACAGAGCCACGCAGACAGAGCCCUCUGAGCGAGUGUCGCUGGCACGCACGCGUGCUGUGCAGAGCCUCUCGCUGGAGGAUGCCUUCAGCGACAGUGAGAGGGAGGACCACGGUGGUGGGGAGGCAGCCUGCAGCACCUGGACCGCUGUCGUGGAGGAGCCCAUCCACGAGAGCUGCGUGACGGCACUCUGCCAGCACUGGCCUGAGCAAGACCUCAACUCUGUUGAUGGGUGUUUCAGUGAGCAGAGCCCCCCAACCACAACCAUGGAUCUCAGUUCCCCCGCUGUGCCCAAGGACCGGACACCAAGUAACCGGGUCAUUGCCGUCUCCUCACCUGCAGACACCCAGAAGAAACUUCUGAUGCGUCGGAAUACGGAGCGGCUGGUGAAGGACGUCCCCGAGAGGCCCAGGCAGAAGCUGGCCAGGAAGGUCGUGUCGUCCAGCAACCUGCUGAGCCACUCCAACAGUCCAGAGGGCCGGAGCAAAGAGCAAAUUUCCGGUGCAGGAACUUCAAGAAGAGGGACAUACAGCCAGGGGCAGUCGGUGAAGAUGUUCAUCCGAGGACGGCCAAUCACCAUGUAUGUGCCAUCCAACUUCCAAAACUACGAGGAGCUGCGCAUGGAGCCCCCCGUGGAGCGGCUGGAGCUGGACUGGGUCUAUGGUUACCGGGGCCGGGAUUGCCGAGCCAACCUGCACAUGCUGCCGUCAGGGGAGGCUGUUUACUUCACAGCAUGUGUGGUGGUGCUGCACCACAUCCACAGCCACCGCCAGCGACACUACUGCAGACAUACUGACUGCGUGCGCUGUCUGGCUAUUCAUCCAGACCAGGUGCGUGUGGCGUCAGGUCAGAUGGCUGGAGUGGACAAGGAUGGUAAACCCCUUCUUCCCUUCGUGCACAUCUGGGAUUCAGCCACCCUUGUCACACUGCAAGAGAUCGGACUGGGCAGCUUUGAGAGGGGAGUCAGCUCUGUGGCCUUUUCACACGCAGAUGGGGGGGUGUUUCUGGCUGCCAUCGAUGACUCCAAUGAGCACAUGCUGACAGUGUGGGAUUGCCUGAAGGGGACCAAGCAAACAGAGAUCAAGAGCACCAAUGAGGCUGUGUUUGCGGUGGAGUUCAACCCCAGUGACAGCAGCAACAUCAUCACCUGUGGCAAGUCUCAUGUCUACUUCUGGACCAUGAGCGCUGGGGGCCUGACCAAGAAGCAGGGCAUCUUUGGAAAAUACAAGAAGCCCAAGUUCAUCCAGUGCUUUGUGUUCAGCUUGACGGGGGACGUCCUGACCGGAGACUCGGAGGGCAGCAUCCUGACGUGGUGCAAAUUAGCUGCUGAUGUAAAAACCUUGGGAAAGGGGGCCAAAGAGACCUACCAGAUCGUGAGACAGACGCAGGCCCACGAGGGGAGUGUCUUCACCCUGUGUAUGCUGCAGGGGGGCACCCUGCUCAGUGGGGGAGGCAAAGACAGAAGGGUUGUUCGCUGGACUGUGGACCUGAUGCCCGAGAGAGAAUGUGAGAUCCCAGAGAAGUAUGGAGCCGUCCGUACCAUUGUCCAUGUAGGUGGGGAAGAGCUGUUAGUUGGUACAACCCGGAACGCCAUUCUUAGAGGGACUUUCUCACACGGUUUCGUGGCCAUAGUUCAGGGGCAUAUGGAUGAGAUGUGGGGACUGACUACGCACCCCAGCCAGAGCACCUUCCUCACUUGCGGCCACGACAAGCAGAUGUUCUUCUGGAAUGCAGAGGAGCACAGGAUGGAAUGGUGUGCCAUGCUGGAGGAGUCUGGUCUGUGUGCUGAUUUCUAUCCCAAUGGCAGUGUGGUGUCUGUGGGCCUCAGCACUGGCAGAUGGCUGGUACUGGAUCUUCAAACCAGAGAUAUUGUGUCAGACUGCACUGAUGGAAAUGAACAGCUGUCCGUCAUGAGGUACUCACCUGAUGGAAGUUUCCUGGCAGUAGGGUCCCAUGAUAACGUCAUCUACAUCUACAGCAUCACCGAGGGAGGGCGCCACUGCACUCGCUUUGGAAAGUGCACGGGCCAUUCCAGCUUUAUUACUCACUUGGACUGGUCCAAAGAUGGAAAAUACAUCAUGUCAAACUCAGGAGACUACGAAAUUCUCUACUGGGAUGUGGCCAGGGGGUGCAGGCUGCUGAGGAACCGCUACGACAGCAGGGACCGCGAGUGGGCGUCCUACACCUGUGUGCUGGGGUUCCACGUCAUGGGUGUGUGGCCAGAGGGAUCAGAUGGUACGGACAUCAACGCCCUGUGUCGCUCCCACUGUGAGAAGAUGGUAGCCGUGGCUGACGACUUCUGCAGGGUGCACCUGUUCCAGUACCCCUGCCCCAAGCCCAAGGCCCCCAGUCACCGGUACGAGGGCCACGGCAGUCAUGUGACCAACGUGGACUUCACUCACAAUGACAGCCACCUGCUGUCCAUGGGGGGAAAGGACACCACCAUACUGCAAUGGCGAGUGAGGCGGGGAGGAACAGAAAUGCUGGGAACACAGGCUACCAAUCAGCAAAUCAGAGCCGAGCAGCGAGCUGCGCAGACUGCACUCCCUGCCCUGGACAUGUCCGUGGGCACAUCUGUGAGCUGACUGCACAUCUGUGAGCUGACUGCAUAUCUAAAGGGGUCAGAUCUUCACACUGGUGAAGGGAGGACUGGCAUCCUGUCCAGGGAGCACCCCAACCCUGUGCCCUGCGAUGGACUGGCACCCCCCAGCCCUGUGCCCUGCGAUGGACUUGCACCCCCCAGCCCUGUGCCCUGCGAUGGACUGGCACCCUGUCCAGGGGGUACCUUCAGUUUAAAAUACUUAUCAGUUAAAAAAAUUAUGAUUGCUUCAAUUUGAGAUGAGUAAAAAUAGGUUCCAUGGAAGUAAUGUGUCCUCACAAUCCUAAGCAGUGCAAUUACUUGUGGUUCUGCGAGAGUGGGACAGAAAAAGGUGACCAGAAUAUUCUACCAUCACACUGCAUGCAUUGCAUGUUUCCCAGUGGACGUGGGGACGUGGUUUCUCCCAUAUUUUCCUAUACAUACACUUCAUACUUACACCACCACAUUGUUUAGGGCAGGGGCCAUCAACAGAACUACCUGACCAGGAUACUUGCCUGGUUGGUAGCCAUUCUACGCAUAAUGAGGUAGAUGUGAGGGCUUUUGUUGGUAAUGACUAGAAACUGGUUUGGAAUAAUACAUAGCAGCCUACGCUGUAGCAUAUAAGCUUGUUUGGACUAUGCAGUUGGAUACAUUAUUAAUUUAUCAACAAUGCAUUCUAAAUUUUCAGUCCGUGCUACUAAUAAAACUAAGAUUUACGUCAUAUCAUACAACCUCAUUGUUAAAUUGAUAGAAUAAAACAUAAAACAAUUGACAUUACAAUACAACUGAAGAAAUGAGUAUACAUCUUAUUAAACUAAUUGAUUGUCUAUUAUGGGUUACAUGCAAUAAAAUUGAAAGAUUUUUUUUUA